CCACGAAGCUUGGUAAACCGAUUGGGACUCCGUCCUUUUUUUCUCCCACUGCGUCUCUGACGAACGAAGCCAAUCCGACACCAUGGCGUUGCAUCUGAGCAUGGGCGAAGCCCACCGCCGCAUCGCCGAGUACCUGGCCCGCUUCUCCGAUGCCGUCUCCUCGCAGGACGGCUCCGCCCUCAAGUCCCUCAUCUUCGUCUCCUCCAACUCCUUCUACCUCCUCGCACUCGCCGACGCCCUCAACGUCUUCCAGGACUCCAGCCGAUUAGUGAAUCAGACGGACAAAUACUCCCAGCUUGGAGAGAUCCUCAUUCCCUACUUCCGCUGCCUUCAAAGCAUUCGAAUCGGGCGCUUCGUCGACGCCUACGUUGCCUUUGAGAAGGCCGCAAAUGCGUUUCUUCAGGAGUUUCGGAACUGGGAAACGGGGUGGGCGAUGGAAGCGAUGCACACUGUGGCUCUCGAGAUACGGGUUCUUGCCGAGAGGGCUGACAGAGAGUUGGCGUCGAGUGGGAAGAAUCCGGAGAAGCUGCAGGGAGCCGGCUCGUUCCUGAUGAAAGUCUUCGGGGCUCUUGCGGGUAAAGGCCCCAAACGUGUUGGAGCCUUAUAUGUGACCUGCCAGUUAUUCAAAAUAUACUUCAAGCUUGGUACAGUGCAUCUUUGUCGCAGCGUCAUAAGAAGUAUUGAAACUGCUCGAAUAUUUGAUUUUGAGGAAUUUCCAACUAGAGACAAGGUCACCUAUAUGUAUUAUACAGGCCGCUUGGAAGUUUUUAACGAAAAUUUUCUUGCUGCUGAUCAGAAACUAAUGUAUGCCCUAAUGCAUUGCAAUCCUCGGAGCAAAGAUAACAUAAGGAUGAUUCUGAAGUAUCUCAUUCCGGUAAAGCUUUCAAUAGGUAUCUUGCCUAAAAUGGAGCUUCUUGAGAAGUAUAAUCUGCCUGAGUAUAUGGAUGUUGUAAAUGCGCUUAAAAGGGGAGAUCUCAGACUUCUUAGAGGAGCCUUGCGAGAUUAUGAAGACCGAUUCUUGAGGUCAGGCGUUUACCUUGUUUUGGAAAAGCUGGAGCUCCAAGUUUACCAAAGAUUGGUUAAAAAGAUCUACAUCAUUCAAAAACAAAAGGACCCGAGCAAAGCACAUCAAGUGAAGUUGGAAGUAAUAGUAAAAGCAUUGAAAUGGCUCGAAAUGGACAUGGACGUCGAUGAGGUGGAGUGUAUUAUGGCCAUUCUUAUUUAUAAGAAUCUAAUUAAAGGUUACUUUGCUCACAAAAGCAAAGUUGUUGUCCUCAGCAAACAAGAUCCCUUUCCCAGAUUGAAUGGCAAACCUGUAAACUCAUAGGUUCAGUUAUUCAGCACCUGCUGUGCUAUGUGUACAACUUGAUGCCAGGAGGGUGGCCCAUUCACUGGGUGAGGACGUGGAGCUAGCUCACAUAUUUUUCUCUCAGGUUCUUCCGUGCUAGUAGCUGGCCAUGGUGUUGUGGGAUGACGAAGUGCACUUUAUUAUUGCCCCUGAAGCUCACCUGACAAUUAUUUACAUCAUUUUAUCGUAGUACUACGUUGCAUAUUUUUUGUAGAUAUGGUGUACAAUAAAUUUCGAAGAAAAUCUGUUUUGGAUUACAAUUGUUCGUUAGUUCCAAGUAGAGAGUACGACAGGUUCUGUAUUUAGAUGUGGGAUGAAAUGAUGGCUUGUGUGGAUCAAUGGCACAGCACCAGCCAAUAACCGGUGGAUUUUGGUCUUUCCGGUCUCUAGAGCGUAUUCCAAGAGUCCACUUUGCUCAGAGAAACGAGGGGCGCCGUUCUCGAUAUCUUCGGGAGCCUGGCUGAAUAAAUCGAUCGCAAACUGCCGGAAGAGAGAAAAAGUCGAUCACCUCAUAUGCAUGCAGACUGGUGCAAAAAAUUCUGGGCCUGUUUAAGCCAGCUGCUAUUUUUGUCAGAGAGAUCCAGCCUUGGACUGGGCAGUGGAACGGAUAUUCUGGUGCAUAAUUUAGAGAGCAUCUCCUAUUCUCAAGAAAAAGCAAAAGAAGAAGAAAGAUUUGAAUCA